AUGACACGCUAUCUGACACCGUGGAGGAUCUCUCUACUGUGCCUGAUAACCGUCUAUACGGAUGGCUUCGUCCCCAACUCAUCCGCCAUCCAUGUGCUCUCGUUCCUGACCGCGGGUCUGUUUCCUCUAGAUCCCGCCGAUAAGCAAUGGGAGAAACACUACCUUCCCAGCAUCGCCGAGUUGGAGGAAGUGCUAUCGGGCCAUGAAUCCUCUGUCCCGGGUCGAACAAUCUGGGAUCUAUUUCUCAAAAAGCUCUGGUCGCUUGAUUCCCUCGAUGCACUCGAGUGGUUCUUUUCCAAUCAUCUGUCGACCCUACUUACCAAGACGCGUGAACAAUUACUCCAGGAUCGAGACAAUGGCCUUGCUCCGGAGACUGAGGGCAUGCGACUGUCUCGCAGCUCACCACUUGGUGCGUUUGUGCGCAGAGCCUACCUUGAAUACACUCGGUUACAAUUCCAUGACUCGGUCAAGCUAUGGUCUGGCUUUGUGAGGUACCGUUUGCCGACGUAUCAUGCCUAUGCGCGGAGAAAUCCGUCUGACAAUCAUGAUCCAGUCGAUGUUAAUCUCUUUGAUCAAGGCCUGGACUCUACCAGCUACCUUUCUCAGGUGGUUUAUGGCAAUAUUGAAGAUGAGGAAAGGGACGAAGGUGUGGUCGGUGUAAAGGAUGCAGAGCGUCUGGUGGAGUUCCAGAUCGGAGAACUACAAAGGCUGGGAGGUAGAGUGCCAGACGAAAUGCGAGCACAGCUAAAGCGCAUCAUGACUUCGGAGUCAUCUGUCCCUGUACUGAUGUACUACCUUGAAUAUCUUGAUGCCUGGCGAGCUGGCGACUAUACAUCUGCCUUUGACAAUCUGCAUCGAUACUUCGAUUACACCAUGCACAACAAUCAAGACCGCAGCGCGUAUCAAUUUGCCCUAUUAAAUCUGGCUAUUAUUCAGGCGGACUUCGAAUGCUUCAACGAAGCUAUCUCCGCCGUGCAAGAAGCUGUCGCUAUUGCUCGCGAGUCUCAUGAUAUGAACUGUCUUAACUUCUGCAUGAGCUGGCUUUAUCAUUUUGGCAAGGCGUUUCCCGAGCAAAUGCGAGAGGUGCAUAAUAGUGGUAUGCUGGGUAAUGAGAAAGAGGGCCUUGCUUUCCUCAAGGCCAAAUCGAAGGAGACUGACAUGUGGUCACUCAUGAGUACUACAUUGCUGAGUGAGGCUAAGCUAGAAAUGCAGCAGGGCGAGAGUCUUGCGUCGAUUGUCGAAUCGUUUGUGCGAGCUUCUCAUGUCAACGUGACAAAAAACUUGUCGACCCCCACAGGGGCGUACAUGGCACUGCAGAGCGCUAUGUAUGCUCGGAUAGGCGCUACCCACCUGGCUUGGCUGAAUACCGAAAUCUUCAGCGAGUGCUAUACAGAAGGGCACCCAUACGACGAUUAUGUCAAAAUCACCUUCAGAAAUUGCCAAAUUCUGGCACAAAAAGGCAACUACAAAGAAGCCUUCGCGCGGAUGAACAAUAUCGAACCCGAACGACUCCGAGCCAUUAAAUACAACAAUGCUUGGACAUACUACUCUGGUAUCCUCCAGCUGAAACGGCAAAUCUGCCGCGACGACAAAGUAGCAGUGGAACAUAUUUUCUCCCAACUUGAGGCCGUCCAACUACAAGACUUCGAUCUCCGCCUCCUCCUCGCCUUCCACAAAAUUGAAUUCACAAUCCGCCAGGGUGACCAUGGUCGUGCGCUUCGAAUGGUCGAACAAGCCGCCAACUCCAUGCAACCGGAAAACUUCGAUGUCCACUCCCAAAUAAAAAUUCUCUGCUUAAAAGCUCGCAUCCUUGAGAAAUCCGGCCACGCAGAGCGUGGAUUCUCGCUCGCCAUGCGCGCUGCAAGCAUCGCCCACCGCUCAAAAGUUCUCUUCGAUCUCUGGGAAGCCAUUUGCACCCUCGCCGCUGUGCUUCUCAGCCUACGAGAGUUUAAGGCUACAGUUGAACUCGUGGAGAGUAUCAUGCCCCAAAUCCUUGAGAGCGACGACUCUGCGCUGAUAGCUCGCGCAUACUCGCUGCUCGUUGAUGCGAAUAUGGGUACCGCCGGUGAGCUGUGGGCCCGUCUCGGGAAGGAGAGUAUACCCACCAGGAAGGAGUAUGUGAACCGUGCGAUUGGCUAUAUCGACUCUGCCUAUGAUUCGUAUGAGGAGAUCGAGGAUAUCCUUGGACAGACGGAGAUGAUGGCUAAAAAGGCGACUGUUAUGCAUCUCACGGGUGAUCCGGUCUUGGCCAAUGAUUAUGCUGCCAAAUAUCUGGACCUUAGGAGGCGGAGGGGAACUGAAAGCUGA